CAGUCGCGGCGGCCGACAGGUGGAACGGCAGGUGGGUUCAGGUGCCAGCCUGGCCCGGGCCCGACUGUGGACCGACGCUUCCGACCCAGUUCUCUGUUACCCUGCCGAGCUGGCCAGUAAACCGGCCCACCUCAGCCCUCAGAACCAUGUUUGCAGACUUGGAUUAUGAAAUCGAAGAGGAUAAGCUCGGAAUCCCUACUGUGCCUGGGAAGGUCACCCUGCAGAAGGAUGCUCAGAACCUGAUUGGGAUCAGCAUUGGAGGAGGGGCCCAGUACUGUCCCUGCCUCUAUAUUGUCCAGGUAUUUGACAACACGCCGGCAGCCCUGGAUGGCACUGUGGCAGCUGGCGAUGAGAUCACCGGUGUCAAUGGCAGGUCAAUCAAAGGGAAGACCAAGGUGGAGGUAGCAAAGAUGAUUCAGGAAGUAAAGGGGGAGGUGACCAUCCACUACAACAAGCUGCAGGCGGACCCCAAGCAGGGCAUGUCCCUGGACAUCGUGUUGAAGAAGGUAAAGCAUCGGCUGGUGGAGAAUAUGAGUUCAGGCACUGCAGAUGCCCUGGGCCUGAGCCGGGCCAUCCUGUGCAAUGAUGGGCUUGUCAAGAGACUUGAGGAGCUGGAGCGGACUGCUGAGCUCUAUAAAGGGAUGACAGAGCACACCAAGAACCUCCUACGGGCCUUUUAUGAGCUGUCGCAGACACACCGGGCCUUUGGGGACGUGUUCUCCGUGAUUGGAGUGCGGGAGCCCCAGCCAGCUGCGAGCGAGGCUUUUGUGAAGUUUGCUGACGCCCACCGCAGCAUUGAGAAGUUUGGCAUCCGGCUGCUGAAAACCAUCAAGCCGAUGCUGACGGAUCUGAACACGUACCUCAACAAAGCCAUCCCAGACACCCGCCUCACCAUCAAGAAGUACCUGGACGUGAAGUUCGAGUACCUAUCGUAUUGCCUGAAGGUGAAGGAGAUGGACGAUGAAGAAUACAGCUGCAUUGCCCUAGGGGAGCCCUUGUACCGAGUGAGCACAGGCAACUACGAGUACCGCCUGAUAUUGCGCUGCCGCCAGGAGGCCCGUGCCCGCUUCUCCCAGAUGCGCAAGGACGUGCUGGAGAAGAUGGAGCUGCUGGAUCAGAAGCAUGUCCAGGACAUCGUGUUCCAGCUGCAGCGCUUCGUGUCCACCAUGUCCAAGUACUACAACGACUGCUACGCGGUGCUGCGAGACGCCGACGUCUUCCCCAUCGAGGUGGACCUGGCACACACCACGCUGGCCUACGGCCCCGGCCAGGACGAGUUCACGGACGGCGAGGACGACGACGGCGACGGGGACGAGGAGGACGCGGCGCCCAGGGACGCGCGAGGGGCCGCCGGGCCCCCCGACAAGGGUGGAAGCUGGUGUGACUCCUGAGCGCCCCGCCGUGGGGCGCGGAUCUGGGGGGCAGGGUGACUGGAAGGACGGCGGCUCGGGAGCGG